CCCAUCUCUCUCUCUCUCUCUCUCUCUCUAGGCAGCAAGCUACAACAAUGGAAGUUCAGAAAACGAGCCGGAUGAGCAGAAGAAGGAAGCCUCUGUUCGAUCGGACCAACAUUCUCGACAAGUCCUCCUCGCGGUCUCCUCCUUCGUCGUCCUCUUCCCUCCCCAAGCCUCGAUCGAAGCUCGUAUCCUCCAACUUCCUGCGUCGCCCCCGCAUCGGCCACGGAGGGAGCAGCGGUAUUGCUGGAAACUCUAGCUACGGUUCACCUGCUCUGGCUUCCGCAUUCUCCCGGCCGCAAUCGGGAUCUUCUUCUGUUGUCGGAUAUGGUGUUAGCGAGGUGGGCCAGCCUCGUAAUGUUUACUGUCGAAGACAGACGGAAGCUAAAACGAAGUGUGGAGUGAAGGCGCUUCAGUUGCCCCCAAGCAGCUCUUCAGUUGAAAGGAUCGAAAGUAUUGGGAAAAAGUUUGACAAAAUUAGAGAUGGUGAUGGUAUCUCCAAGUCAGGUGUUACACCUAGUAAAAGGAAGCAGCAUCCAAGGCUGCGUCAACGAGAUAAGCCAAACAAUUCUCUGAAAGAUUUUAUCAGGCAGCAGCAAUUGUAUUUUGCAGAGAUUGACGCAUUUGAGCUUUCAGAGGAGGAGGUAGCAGCAGCGGAGGCGUCUGAGUAAGUUUUUGAGAAGGAGUACUUUAGGAUAGUCAUUUAUACUCUUCCCCACACCAACUAGCCAUUAGUCACAGUAACCAACCAUAUCUAUGCAGUUAAGACGUGCAAUGGCAUAUUAGACAUCCUUUCAUUAGAUAUAUCCUCAAGGACUGUAGCAAUUGUCCAAUAUACACGAUUGGCCUGUAGUUAAUUCACUCCCAAAAGUGUAGAUUAUUUUUACCAGAGAAGCAGAAUUGGAAGCCGCUCUUUAGACUUAUGAAUAUUCCAAGUUAAGCUCCUGCAGUGUCUAGCAAGCUGAAACCUGCCGACAGAUUAACAAAGUUGCCAUUCAUUUCAUGCCAACUUACUAAGAACUAUUCAUUUGUCUCUAUACAUAUGAGCCAUGUAAUCCUCUGCGCUA